CUCUUUUCUCCAUCCCCAUCAUGCCUGUCCUCUGUCGGAUUGUUCGAAUAGGUUGCUCUCAUACCCGUUCAUUCUCAACGUCCCUGCCCCUUGCCUCCUUAAGUGCUUCUGCGCGACCUCAUGCCGAAAAGCUUUCAGCAGAAUGGAAAGGAACCAGUGCCACGGGCGGGACUACCAAGAACUUCAUCGGUGGAGAGUUCGUGGAGAGCAAAACGAGAGAUUGGAUUGAGGUCGUGGAUCCGUCGACCCAAACUUUGCUUUCUAGGGUUCCACAGACAACUGAGAGUGAAUUUCAAGAAGCUGUGGACUCUGCGGCCGAAGCCUACAAGACAUGGAGCAGAACAAGUGUUCUCCGGCGUCAGAAAUUUGCUAUAGACUUGCAACACCUCCUUCGAAAAAAUGCAGACGCCAUAGCGAGCAGUAUCGUGUUGGAACAAGGAAAGACGCUUCCAGACGCCCAUGGCGACUUAUUACGCGGGUUGCAGGUUGUCGAAACCGCGAUCGGUGUUACUUCUACGCUUCUUGGGGAGAAAAUCGAAGUGAGCAAGGACAUGGAUACAGAAGUGAGGAAGCUACCUCUCGGUGUUUGCGCUAGCAUAGCUCCCUUUAAUUUCCCCGCAAUGAUACCGUUGUGGUCUAUUCCCAUGGCUGCGGUCACAGGAAACACGCUCGUUCUCAAGCCAUCCGAACGUGAUCCAGGCGCAGCCAUGAUUAUUGCUGAGUUGUGCCAGCAAGCGGGUCUUCCCUCUGGUGUUCUGAACGUCGUUCACGGAGGUGUACCCACCGUAAACGCAGUCUGUGAUCACCCGGCCAUCAAGGCCAUAAGCUUUGUAGGAGGCGAUCGCGCCGGAAAGCAUAUAUACGAACGUGGGACUCGGAAUGGAAAGCGGGUACAGGCGAACAUGGGAGCCAAAAACCAUGCAGUUGUGAUGCCGGACGCCAAUAAAAACCUGACCCUCAAUUCCAUCGUGGGGGCUGCAUUUGGAGCGGCUGGCCAGCGUUGCAUGGCCCUCUCAGUUGUUCUCCUCAUCGGGGAAACCCAAUCCUGGCUUCCGGAACUCGUAGAGAGAGCCAGCAAGCUCAAAGCCAACGGUGGCUUCGAGCAGGGAGCUGACCUUGGCCCUGUUAUCUCCCCAGCCGCAAAGUCCCGAAUCCUCAAACUUAUCUCUUCUGCGGAGAACGAGGGUGGCGAAGUCCAACUUGAUGGACGUAACAUACAGGUCCCUGGAUAUCCUGAUGGAAACUUCGUUGGACCCACCCUGAUCGUGGCCGAUACUUCGAUGACAUGUUACACAGAGGAGAUAUUUGGUCCAGUACUGACAGUGGUCAAAGCUGAUACAUUGGAUGACGCUAUUGAAAUCAUCAAUGCGAACAAGUAUGGAAACGGUGCCGCAAUCUUCACUCAGUCUGGUGCCACUGCUCGUAGGUUUGAGACGGAAGUCAAUGUUGGUCAACUUGGAAUCAACGUACCCAUCCCCGUCCCUCUUCCAAUGUUCUCUUUCACCGGAAAUAAGGCCAGUUUUUCGGGAGACAUAAACUUCUACGGAAAGAGCGGCAUCAACUUCUACACGCAGAACAAGACGACGACAAGCUUGUGGAGGUCGGAGGAUGCUAUCGGCACUCGUGCGUCGGUGAAUAUGCCACAUUUCUCGUGAUUCUACAUUGGACCCCGUAUCAAUGAUCAUACAAUACACCGUCACCGCCCGUACGAUACGUGCUGCCCUUGCAACUAUUGCCUGGGAGAUAAAUCCAAGUUAUCGCAGGAGAGGUAGUAGUACAUACUUACAAGCUUGUUCUUUUCAUUGCUGAAUGACGUGUGCCGCAUGACUCAAAAUGUGUGAAGCAUAAGGAUACAUCCCAUAGGCGCCGUUGUGCUUGGGAAUCACAUACUCAACUUUUUACAGAUCACCCUUGUCAUCCGAAGAUUUCCCGAAAACCUCGUCUAAAAACGCACUGGAAAAUGUAACACAUUAUGUGGAGAUACUCACGAUACCGCCAUAAUACGGGUCACCGAUAGGGUCGUCAUUAUGAUAGGAGCCCCAUAAACGAACUUCGGCAGUCGCAUCUUCAGGUUUGAAUCUUUCAAGACUCCGAAGGUUACUUCCAUCGGCAGCGAGAAUAUGGGUAAAUUUCUUGUAAUCCGAUUCAGAUAUGGCGCGAGCUUUGUGUGAAAUGGGUACACCAUGCUGAAGAGUCUCCAUGAGACGGAUGGCGAUGUGGGAAGCAUCUUCAUAUCGCACCUUCUUGCAAAUCGCUACGGUUCUGCACGGAUGUUAGCACUAGACCGACGAGCUGAGGAAGGCAAUGUUUGCACCGAUCAUCUGGAUCUUCUCCAACAUGAUACGCCCCAGUUCCGCAGCUAUCGACGUGAAUAUCGAGCCCCCGG